GUCAUCGCCGGUGCUACACAUAUUUGACAGUUGGCAUUAAUUUCGAUUUUGUCCUUUUAAAAUGCGUGUAUGUGCUUUAAACGUGUGCAGAAAUUACAAAGGUCGACUAAAAACGACACACAAGGUCACCUACCAUCUGAUACCGAAUGAUCCCAUUAUAAGAAGCAAAUGGGUAGAAAUAAUUAGAAAAAGCCGUGGAGAGGACUACUGGAAACCAGCAAAAUCCACAGUGAUCUGCUCUGAUCAUUUCCACCACAAAGAUCUAUAUUACACAAAAAAUCAGACAGGACUCCGAAGACUGAAAAAGGGAGUGUUACCGAGCAAAGCAUUAUUUGUAUUACCAGCUAAGUCUGAAGAAAGCGCUAGCUCUGGCGAAGAAGCAGAAGCAAUAAGUGAAGGAUUUAGCAAACAGCCGACGCCUUCCACAUCAAAUCAAUAUGAAAAAAAAACCACAGAAACAGAUGACCAACCAAUUUUUCCUUCAACUCCUAAAACAUCAAAAGUAGAACAGACGGAAAUUGAAGACUUUUCAGACUUAGAUUCUGUUUUUGAUACCCCAAAAAAGCCAAGUUGAGAAAACAGUUAAGAAAAAAAAUAGCACUUCAGAAAAGAUACAUACUUAAAAUUCAGUCGCUCAGGCGCAAAAAUUUGCGACUCAAAAAAAAACUAGCCUCGUUCAAACAAAUUCUUGAGACUUUAAAAACAGAAAGAUAUAUUAACGAUGACACUCAUGACGUUUUGAGUAGUAACGUAUUUGCUGCAGACUUGUAUGCUAAAAUGAAGAAAAAAAUACAAGGAAAAUCUAAAAAGCCUGCGUCAAAAUACGAACCAGAAUUUAGAAAAUUUUGCUUGACCCUCCAUUUUUUGUCGCCUAACGCUUAUAGAUACAUUAGAAAUAAAUUUGAAACUUGUCUCCCUCAUCCAAAGACAAUAUCAAAAUGGUAUGCAAAUAUUGAU